AAGCUACAUAAUAUUUUAUGUUGACCAAUAUGUUUUUGAAAAUUUCCCUUUAAUUUCUCUAACAAUACAUAGGAGAAGAACACAUUAAUAUACCCAAUUGGCUGGUCUUUCGUCCCCGCCAAGCCAUUCCAUUUUGCCAUUUCUGCAAGCAUUUAGAGAGCAAAGUGCACGUGAACAAGGAAACCUUUAGGAGAACUUCAUGAAUCAACCUUCAUCGAAAAAGAACUUCAUGAAGCAACAUUACUAUAUACUACUGUUGCUGUUUAUUGGUUCUGUUCUGUCGCCAAUAUUACUCCUGAGCUAUCUUGAUCGGGAGGAGAUUAGCUUCCAAGAGUUCAAAAACAAGCUACUUGAACCUGGUCAUGUUGAUCGAAUUGUUGUUGCUAACAAAGAAGUAGCCACAGUUUAUAUAAGGAAUUCUUUACCUGGUAAUAAUCAAACUUGUGAUGACACAGUUCAAGGUCCUAUAAGUUGUACAAAUGGUAGUAGAAACCUGAGCCACCACAAAUAUUAUUUCAACAUUGGGAGUGUUGAGUUAUUUGAGCAGAAGCUUAAGGAAGCACAAGAAGCCUCUGGAAUAGACCCUCGCAAUUAUGUCCCUGUGGUAUAUGUUAAUGAGUUGGAUUGGUUGCCAGAAAUGAUGAGGUUUGGUGCAAUGAUAUUGCUUCUAGCCAUCCUUUAUUAUAUGGAUUGGGGAGGUGUUCGUGGAAUAUUUAGUAUUGGUAAACCGCGUUUCAUGAAGAUGGACAAAAAUGCGAAGAACAAGGUCUUCUUCAUUGAUGUCGCUGGAUGUGACGAGGCUAAGCAAGAAAUCAUGGAGUUUGUCCACUUCCUUAAGAACCCCAAGAAAUACGAGGAGUUAGGAGCCAAAGUUCCUAAGGGUGCUCUUCUAGUGGGUCCUCCUGGAACUGGAAAGACACUUCUAGCUAAAGCUACAGCAGGAGAGUCUGGUGUACCUUUUCUCUCUAUUUCGGGUUCAGAUUUUUUGGAGAUGUUUGUUGGUAUUGGACCAGCUAGAGUUAGGAGCUUAUUUCGGGAGGCAAGACGAUGUGCACCUAGUAUUAUUUUCAUAGAUGAGAUUGAUGCAAUUGGUGGUGCAAGAGGGAGGGGACACUCUUCUGGAGCAAAUGAUGAACGUGAAAGAACUUUAAAUCAACUGCUUGUAGAAAUGGAUGGAUUUGCAACCACAUCUGGUGUAGUUAUACUUGCUGGCACAAAUAGACUUGAUAUAUUAGACAAAGCCUUGUUAAGGCCUGGUCGAUUUGAUCGCCAGAUUACCAUUGACAAACCAGACAUAAAAGGUCGUGAACAGAUUUUCAGAAUCUAUUUGAACAAGUUGAAAAUUGAUCAAGAAGCAGCAUUCUAUUCACAGAGGCUUGCUGCUCUAACACCAGGAUUUGUUGGAGCAGAUAUUGCAAAUGUUUGUAAUGAAUCUGCGUUGGUUGCUGCUAGGAGCGAGAGUACCAAAAUCAAAAUGCAACAUUUUGAUUCAGCAAUAGACAGGGUGAUUGGUGGUCUCGAGAAGAAGAACAAGGUCAUAAGCAAGCUGGAACGGAGGACAAUUGCCUAUCAUGAAUCUGGCCAUGCUGUUGCUGGUUGGUUCUUGGAACAUGCAGAGCCAUUACUUAAAGUGACAAUUAUUCCUCGUGGUACAGCAGCACUAGGAUUUGCUCAAUAUGUUAGCAGUGAAAAUCUUUUAAUGACGAAGGAGCAGCUAUUUGAUAUUACAUGUAUGACUCUUGGUGGCCGAGCUGCUGAGCAGGUUUUGAUUGGGAGGAUCUCAACCGGAGCUCAAGAUGAUUUGGAGAAAGUGACCAAGAUGACAUAUGCCCAAGUAGCAGUCUACGGUUUCAGCGACAAAGUUGGUCUUCUUUCUUUUCCGCGAAGAGAAGAUACACUUGAGGCAUCAAAGCCCUACAGUAGCAAGACUGCAGCACUUAUUGACAGUGAAGUUAGAAAAUGGGUAGCCAAGGCAUAUGAUCGUACUCUAAAACUUAUAGAGGAUCACAGAGAACAUGUAGCUCGGAUUGCAGAAUUGCUACUAGAAAAGGAGGUCCUUCAUCAAGCAGAUCUGGUCCAGGUAUUGGGUGAACGCCCGUUCGAGAGUAGUGAGCCCACAAACUAUUACAGGUUCAAGCAAGGAUUCAUAGAAGAAAACGGAGAAACUAAAGAUAGCACUGAGGGAAAAACCACACAAGAUGAUGGAUCAUCCCCUGUUGAACCGAAGAUUGUCCCAGUCAGUGUUGUCAAAGGCAAAAAAGCGCAGGAAAUCGCAGAGAAAGGCACAAGGUAUGUUGGGGCUUUAAGUGUAAAGCGGAAAUGUUCAAUUAAAGGAUGGGUUCUAGUAAAGAAAGGUGCAAUGAAGAAAAAAAUUAUAUGAACAAAAUAAUAGGAAAAAACACUACAACCAAUUGUAAUAUAUGAAGUACAAACCAUGUCUAUCAAGUUCAAAAACCAGUUUGGAGCUUUAAUUUAGAUGCAAAGGUGCAGCUUUUAGUUUCUAAUUCAGGUUAAAUGACUAGUUUUCUUAUGUCAAGUUUCUAAAUUCCUUUUCUGAUAAGUGAAAAAUUUAUUUAUAACACGUUAA